AGCACAAAUUGGGGCCCAAUAAAUCAAAGACACUUGAAAGCAGCGACGCCGACAGCGAACUUUACGUAAUCGCACAUAACGGACGACAGUUUAAAUUCCAAAAACAUGGCUGCCCAAUCUCUGGUCAAUGUGGAAAAUCUAUUUGAUUUGAAUACGUUCAAGGACCGCUUUCAGUACUAUGCCUGGAUGACGGAUCCGCGUACGGUGCUGGUCUCAAGCGACCGUUUGCUGCAGGCCAAGAAAAUCGUGGAGAACUAUCGGGCAGGCGAACAGACACCCAAGCUGACGCCCGAGGAAGUGAAAUACAAUUUGAAGCUGUAUAGCUCGGCAUUUCAUCCGGAUUCCGGCGAGCUGCAGAACUUUGCCGGUCGCAUGAGUUUUCAGGUGCCUGGGGGCAUGUUAAUUACGGGCGGCAUGUUGGCCUUCUACCGCACCGUGCCCGCCGUGGUGCUCUGGCAGUUUCUCAAUCAGUCCUUCAAUGCGAUCGUCAACUAUACGAAUCGCAAUGCCAAUUCGCCGACCAGUGUCACGCAGCUGGGUCUGUCCUUUGCGACGGCCACGAGUGCAGCUCUAGUGGCUGCGAUUGGCUGCAAGAACUACUGGGCGAAGAGGGCGUCACCAUUGCUGCAACGCUAUGUUCCGUUUGCGGCUGUGGCAGCUGCGAAUUGUGUCAACAUUCCCUUUAUGCGUCAGAACGAGAUAAUCAACGGCAUCGAUGUCAAGAAUGCCGACGGUGAGAUUGUCGGCCAGAGUCGCUUGGCGGCCAUCAAGGGCAUCAGCGAGGUGAUCAUCUCGCGAAUCACAAUGGCAGCCCCGGGUAUGCUGCUACUGCCCGUUGUCAUGGAGCGACUGGAGAAACUGCCGGCGUACAAACGCAUCAAAUGGAUCAAUGCGCCCUUCCAAACACUCAUGGUGGGCUGCUUCCUCUGCUUCAUGGUGCCCACGGCCUGUGCCCUAUUCCCGCAGCAGUGCAGCUUGGAUACCAAAACAAUGAGCACCUUCGAGCCGGAACUCUACAAGGAUAUGGUCAAGCGCACGGGUGGCAAUGUGCCCGAUCGCGUUUACUUCAACAAGGGUCUGUAAGGACGCCGAAGCUGAGGCC